AUGCGCAAUGGGGGAUUACCCACCAAGCACUUUGCUGGCACAAGGACCUUCACAGCACGCCUUGUCAGUGAGGCAAAGUUUCAUCAUCCGACGUGGCCUUCUUGCUCUAGUGUUUCAAAGCAAUUCCGUCGGUCUCGCCAUGGAUCCCUACAAUCAAGCCAUCGCGCUUUCAUUGCUUUGGGUAGCAACCUAGGCGACCGAGUGGCGAUGAUCGAGCAAGCUUGCAAAGAGAUGGAUGCGAGUGGGCGGAUGCGGGUAGUUCGAACGAGUAGUCUGUGGGAAACCAACGCCAUGUAUGUUGUCGAUCAAGACAAAUUUGUGAACGGUGCUUGUGAGGUAGAAACAUCGCUGUCACCAAUUGAUCUCCUAGAUGAGCUUCAAGCAAUCGAGAAAAAGAUGGGCCGCGUCAAGAUCAUAGACAAGGGGCCAAGGAACAUUGAUCUGGAUAUAUUGCUCUACGAUGAUUUGACCUUCACAAACGAAAGACUGCAAAUACCUCACAAACUCAUGCUGGAACGAGAGUUUGUGCUGCGACCGCUGUGCGAAAUCAUUCCUCCCGAUCUACCCGAUCAAAACUCCGGUAAAUCCUCACUGCAUGAAUGCCUAUCGAAGUUACCCGCUUCGGAUAUGCCCCUUUCACCAAUGAUCCCACUAUCGGCAAGACUGCCACCUAUCUCAUCUCUUCAGGCCGAUCGCGAAACACGCAUUAUGUCCAUCCUCAACUUGACACCGGACUCUUUCUCAGAUGGCGGUCAACAUUUCAACAUAGAUCAGACAACCCUUGCUAAUACAAUCAAAAGUCACGUUGCUGACGGAGCUACGAUCAUCGAUGUAGGCGGGCAGUCAACUCGACCGGGUGCUAUCCAAGUGUCAUUGGCCGAAGAACUCUCCCGGGUUCUACCUGCUAUCAAAUUGAUUAGAUCCCUACCAGAGGCCAAGAAGGUAGCAAUCAGCAUAGACACUUACCGAGCGGACGUUGCUGAAGAGGCCAUUAACGCUGGCGCUGAUUUCGUCAACGAUAUUAGUGCUGGUGUAAUGGACGAGCGUAUGUUACACACCGUCGCCAAGUUAGGAUGUACAAUUUGCCUAAUGCACAUGCGCGGCACGCCCGAAACGAUGAAUACACUGACUGCCUAUCCCCACGGCAUCGUCGAGACCGUGGGUCGCGAAUUACUGGAGCGCGUCCGCGCUGCGGAAGCUGCAGGCAUCCGACGCUGGCGUAUCAUUCUCGACCCUGGAAUCGGGUUCGCGAAAACACAAGAGCAGAAUCUCGAUUUACUUCGAAGACAGGCGGAAUUGCGAAACUUUCCCGGCCUUGAGGGUUUGCCUUGGCUGGUCGGCACGAGUAGGAAGGGAUUCAUUGGAAACGUGACAGGUGCGAAGAAAGCAAGCACAAGGGUAUGGGGUACUGCUGCAGCAAUUACAGCAGCAAUACAGGGUGGCGCAGAUGUAGUCAGGGUUCACGAUGUUGAACCGAUGGCACAAGUGGCAAAAAUGGCUGACGCUAUUUGGAGGAGAUGA